AAUAACACUUCCAGCUACAAAAAAGACAUCCCAAAAGUUUUCUCUCUCUUCUCUAUAUUUUCUCUCUCACACACUGGUCUUCAAUCAAAGCUCAAAUUAAUCAAGAAGGAAAGGGAAAAUGGGAAGAGGGAAGAUUGUGAUCCGUAGGAUCGACAAUUCGACGAGUAGGCAAGUCACUUUCUCAAAGAGAAGAAGUGGGUUGUUGAAGAAGGCCAAGGAGCUUUCGAUUCUUUGUGAUGCACAAGUUGGAUUGAUUAUUUUCUCUAGCAGUGGAAAGCUCUAUGAUUUUGCCAGCACCAGCAUGAAAUCUUUAAUUGAAAGAUACAACAAAGCAAAAGAGGAGCAUUACCAACUGGUGAAUCCUACUUCAGAGAUCAAGUUCUGGAAAAAGGAAGCAGAAAGCCUGAGAAGACAGCUGCAGUACUUGCAAGAAAGUUACAGGAAACUUUUGGGAGAAGAACUUUCUGGAUUGGGAAUUAUAGAUCUACAAAAUCUGGAAAAUCAACUUGAAAUGAGUUUGAAAAGCAUCCGAAUGAAAAAGGUCAAGAGGGUUCUGCCUAAAAUAAUAGUUAAUUAGUAGUUCUGUGGCUUCUGACAUAUUAAGUAUAUGAAAAUUCACAAUAAUUGCCUUCCCUUGCAGGAGCAAAUUUUAAAAGAUGAAAUCGAAGAGUUAAACCACAAGGUCCUAUUGGAAACACAGUUAGAUAUUCCAAUUUUUGUAUUCCAUUCAUGUUUAAAUUCAGGAAUGUCUUAAUCAAACUUGUAGCAGGGAAAUCUCAUGCAUCAAGAAAACAUAGAGCUGUAUAAGAAGGUAAGCCUUGUCUCUCAAGAAAAUGCAGGCUUGCAGGUAAAGGUAUUGAAAGACUGACGAUUUUUACAAAUAAAAAAAGCACUAUUCUGGCAUAUUUGGCUACAUAGGCAAAAUAAUUUCCAGGCUGAACUUAAUAAUAAGUUUUGACCAGGUUUAUGGCUCAGGAGGUACAAACACAGCAAACAGGGUUCCACACAUAACACGUGGAAUCAGUCAUGGUUAUGAUUUACCCAUACCUGUCAAUUUGCAGCUAAGCCAGCCACAAAUAGAGAAGAAUGAUCCACCAGCAAAUGGAAUCAAACUGGGGUAAUUCUCUCUUCAAGAUAUCCACGUCUGAUGGGUAGCCAUUGCUCUCUAAGCCCACUUUUCUACUUUCUGUCCACAUUAACCCUGGUAACAUUAUAUUUCGUCGCUGUAACAGGUUACGACUACAUUAGUUAGCCAGAUGACAGCUCCAUACAUAUCGAUUCUGCUGAAAAAUUCAAAAGAAUAGGCUUCAAUCAAUAACAUUUCACAGUUGUGCAACAAGAUGAAUGUCGAAAAAGCAUCAAAACCACCCAAUUUUGGUUCGACAGAUGGAACACCUUUAGAAUCUUCAGAUAUGUACAGCCAUGUAAACUAGUACUAAUGCUGUGCAAAUGGUUUUCUCUAGCUGAAAUUUCUUUGGUUGUUAAUGCUUGUGAUUCUGGUACUUUUAACCGUUUGAUUUAAUAAAUAUGUCGAACCAUUUACUCUGGACA